AUGCAACUAGGUCUCUCGGAGAGUCUCCCGACUCUGGUGAGUCGGCGAUUCUCAGCUGCCAAAGAUGCGGGUCAUCUUCUCUUCUCUCCGACUCACCUCACCACACUCCAUGCUUCAGGGAUGCCGUACCAAUUACGUUACUGUCCAGCUCUCGCGAAGAAGUCAUCGAGUACACCGAAAAGUGAAAGCCCCAGCGGACCCAAGUUCGACCCCUUCGAGAAUCCGUCGCCGGAGCUUUUGAUAGCUCAGAUUCCCCGCGAGAAUCCAACCCAUUUCCUGGUCCUCAACAAAUUCCCCGUAAUACCCAACCAUUUCAUACUUGCCACCAAAGCUUGGAAGUCCCAGACGGAUCUGUUAGAGAAGGAAGAUCUCGCAGCCGCAUAUGCAUGUGUCAAAGCGUGGGUCGAAGCAGAGGUUAGCGGCAUUCAGGCCACACCCUCGGCGACUAGCAGGAAGCUGUUCGCCUUCUUCAACUCGGGUGAUGAGAGCGGCGCGAGCCAACCUCACCGGCACUUGCAGUUUCUUCCUGUGGAAGCAAUGGCGCAGCAAGAGCAACACCAAGAAAAUCCGAAUGACUGGCAGCCCUUAAUUGAUAUCGUGGCCGCCUCACAGCCGGCCACUGGCGGCGGGGCUGGCUACCGGCGGCUGGAUCAGGUUCCUUUUGCGCACUAUGCGCUUCCAUUACCACCAAAUCCUUCGAGCGAAGUCCUCUUCGCGACUUACCUUUCCCUGUACAGAGCGGCAGUCGCCGCCGCCAGCAGCAGCACCCACCGGGUUCAGGAAACGACCGGUCCCGCUGCUGUCAGCUAUAACCUCGCCAUGACCGAGUCUACGAUGAUUAUCUGCCCCAGGAGAAGGGAAAGUGCGCACGUCCCCGUUGAACCGGGCGCAAGUGCGGAUGUUGCCGAGGCGGGUGUCGUUGCCUUGAACGGCACCAUCCUGGCUGGAACUCUCAUGGUGAAAGCAGAGGCCGAGUGGAAUGAGCUGCGCCGCAAUCCGCAGUCGUUGGGCAAUGUUCUUGCGACAAUUGGAUUUCCGCAUUCCCAUGUCCCGGAAAUCUCCUUACUGUAA